AUGGCCGUCGUCGGCGUUGACUUUGGCUCGCUUCACAGCAAGAUUGGCGUGGCCAGACACAGAGGUAUCGAUAUCAUCGUAAAUGAAGUCUCAAAUCGUGCGACGCCCUCUCUCGUCUCGUUCGGCCCAAAACAACGAGCUAUCGGAGAGGCUGCAAAGACACUCGAAACAUCCAACUUCCGCAACACGAUUGGCUCCCUGAAGCGGCUCGUCGGUCGUACAGUACACGAUCCUGAGAUCGAGGAGGUAGAGAAGAAGUUCACGCAUGUCAACUUGGUCGAUGUAGGAGGAACGCUCGGCGCACAGGUAAACUAUCUGGGAGAGCAGCGGACGUUCACCGUGACGCAGCUCGUCGGGAUGUACCUAGGCAAGCUACGAGACAUCGCCGCGAACGAGCUCAAGACGGGCGUGACCGACAUCGUGAUCGCCGUGCCGGGCUGGUACACCGACAUCCAGCGACGCGCGGUGCUCGACGCGGCGCAGAUUGCGGGGCUGAACGUACUGCGCCUCAUCAACGAUACCACCGCUGUCGCGCUCGGGUACGGCAUCACCAAGUCGGACUUACCCGAGCCCGAGAACCCGCGGAACGUCGUCUUCGUCGACGUCGGUCACUCGAGUACCUCCGUCGCCGUCGUCGCGUUCUCCAAGGGGCAGCUGACGGUCAAGAGCACCGCAUACGAACGGCACGUCGGCGGGCGCGACAUCGACUACGCGCUCGUCCAGCACUUCGCCGCCGAGUUCAAGACAAAGUACAAGAUUGACGUGCUCUCGAGCCCGAAGGCGAUGUUCCGCCUCGCGGCGGGGUGCGACCGUGUGAAGAAGGUGCUCUCUGCGAACGCGGAGUCGCCCCUCAACGUCGAGUCAAUCAUGAACGACGUGGACGCUUCGAGCCGGCUCAAUCGAGACGAGUACGAGGGGUUAAUCGCAGGCGUACUGGACCGCCUUCCGCUACCGAUGCAGCAGGCGCUUACCGAGUCCGGGCUGUCGCUGGAACAGAUCGACGCGAUCGAGCUCGUCGGCGGGGGCACGCGCAUCCCCGCGGUGCGCGCGAAGAUCCAGAGUGUGUUCCCGGGCAAGGCGCUCUCGACGACGCUCAACCAAGACGAGGCGGCCGCGCGCGGCGCGACGUUCGCGUGCGCGAUGCUCUCGCCCGUCUUCCGCGUGCGCGACUUCAGCAUGCACGACAUCACGCCGUAUUCGAUCAAGGUGCAGUGGCAGCCUCAGCCGGACGACACGGACGAGGACACGGAGCUCGUCGUGUUCCCCCAUGGGAACCCGAUCCCGUCCACGAAGGUGCUCACAUUCUACCGCAGGCAGCCGUUCGACCUCGAGGCGCGCUAUGCGGAGCCUGCUGCGCUCCCUGGCGGUAUCAACCCGUGGAUCGCGAGCUUCUCUGCGAAGAACGUAGCGCCGGACGACAAGGGCGACUUCACAUGCGUGCGCGUCAGGACGCGCCUCAACGUGCAUGGUGUGAUGUCAUUCGAGCAGGCGUUCGUCGAGGUCGAGGAGGAGAGGGAGGACAAGAAUGAUGCGAUGCAGGUUGACGCGCCCGAGGGCGAGGCUGCGCCAUCCAAGAAGAAGAAAGUGGUCAAGAAGAAGAUCGAAGUGCCAUUCGUGUGGGGCUCGUCGAGUCUGGAGGCGAGCGUGCUCGAGAAGUACAAGGAGCAGGAGGCGCAGAUGCAUGCCGCCGACAAGCUCGUGAUGGACACCGAGGACCGCAAAAAUGCGCUGGAGGAGUACGUUUACGACACGCGGGCGCGCUUAGAUGAGCGCUACGCACCGUACGUACAGGCGGCGGAGAAGGAACAGCUGCUCGCCGCACUGCAGCACGCAGAGGACUGGUUGUACAGCGAAGAGGGCGAGGAUGCGAACAAGUCGGCGUACGUCGAGCGGCUGGACGCGCUCAAAGUGCUCGGCGACCCGAUCACGUUCCGGUACCGCGAGGCGGAGGACCGUACGCGGGUCGUCGCGCAGCUGCGGGAGACGAUCAACAACUACAUGGCGCAAGCGACGUCGGGCGAGGAACGCUUCGCGCACAUCGAGGAGAAGGACAAGCAGGCGAUCGUCGAGAAGUGCGCGACGGUGCAGAAGUGGCUCGAGGAUCAGCUCGUGCGCCAGACGGAGCGCCCCAAGGACGUCGAGCCCGUGCUUACGGCCGCGGAGAUGCUCAAGAAGAAGGAUGAGAUCAUCUAUUUCGCGACGCCGAUCCUUACGAAGCCCAAGCCCAAGCCCAAGGUGGAGCCUACGGCUGAGACACCCAAGAGUGGCACACAGACACCUAACCCCAACCCUGAGCCGGCUGCAGAGGGCGCGACAGAGGGUGCGAAGGAGGGUGCAAAGGAAAGCGCGAAGGAGGAGCCUAAUGGCCCCUCUGAGAUGGACGUAGACUAG